AUGAGGUCUCGGUGGUGUGGGCCGCCAACUCCUCACUGCUCCGUUGUAGAGAAGGCUGCAAGCAUCCCGACGCAGACUGACGUGGACCGGCUUCCUAAGUACCUCGCUCCAUCACUGUCUUUCGAUCUAGCAGCUAUCCGCUUUUAUAGGGGUGUAAGAGGCCACAACCAAGCGACUCAGUGCGUACCAGGAACGAGCUUCAUGCUGAGCUGCAACAGAUGCAUCUGCAGACGGUCCGGCAGGAGCGCAAUUUGCACCAAAUUCAACUGCCUCGAGAGAGCGCAGGAAGUGUGUGCACCUGGGAGUUCGAAAUCAUUUGACUGUAACAUUUGCAUCUGCAGUUCUCAAGAGAAAUGGGUGUGUACUCAAAAGCAAUGCAGGUCAGAACAAGGCGAGGAUGACUGCGAAACAGAAUCAAAAGAGAUUUCUAGAGCGCCGAAUCAGCCGUGUAGGCCAGGAAUGUCGUUCAGGAGCGGCUGCAGCCGAUGCUACUGCUCACCGGAUGGUAUGUCAGUUGUGUGCAGGUCCCAGCCUUGCCACGGCGUCUCUGGAACAUUACUACCAUUGCAGUCAAACUGUGGAGAUAAAGAUGGAUGUAGAGAUAAUACACGAGAUGAUUCACAUGGAGAAAAAGGUGAAGGUGGAGGAGGUGGAGGUGGUGGUCAAAAGGAGAAAAGUGCGUGUUGUGCUUAA